AUGAGCGCGGCACCGCUACGUGCGGCCGCCACGCUUGUGUUGUGUAACCGCUUCAACACUGAUGUAACAGCGCAGACCCUCUCUACACUUACGUGCGCUCAAUCUCAGCCCCCGCCCGAGGACAUCCACAAAGUUCAAAGAAUGACAAACAUACAACCAGUUACUCUAUACAUCUAUCUAUUGGUUCAGUUCGUAGAUUGUCUGGGGGAUUUUCUUUUACUCGCAUCGAUAUCUCGUUCGGUCGACGAGAUCGCAGCGGACGAGCGAGCGAAGCGGUCGACGGAGAGACCGUCGAGUGCGCGAGCGGCGCCGUCACAGGCCGGCGCGCACGGCUCGCUCGCGCAGCGCGUCGGCGCAGCGCUGCGCCACCGAGCGGCGCCGCGUCAGCUGCUCCGCCGCGCGCGCGAACUUGUGCUGGUUGCGUCUGCGCACACGGACUCGUUGAGCGUUCACACGACCGCCCUUCGGUAG